UAAAAACAUUCGUCAGGUCAACAUAAAUCUGCUGCACUUCCCUGGCUACAGGUCUCACAUACCGCGUCGUGUCGCGUUAUCAGACUGCAAGCCACUUGUUGUCAAUUCGCUCAGAACCAAUUGAGUCACAUCAAAUCAUCAGCCAUGGGCAAAGAAACUCCUCUCGUCUCCUCGCGGCGACUCUCCAACGCUGAGGGCGAUCCAGUCGCUGUUGUCCGCGUGCGAAACCUCCAGACAACGAUCCAAGGACCAAAGGAUGCCUGGGGUCGAGGUUCAAAGCAGCAGCCUUUGCUUAUAUCUGCAGCAGUCUCACUGACACAUGCGUUCCCCUCAUCCUCAGCAGACGACGAGGUCUCCGACACAGUGCACUAUGGUCUUCUGAGCAAGUCUAUUCUCAGCACUCUGGAGAAACUGCCAAAGUCAGCCUUGUCGCUGAGUGAUGUGUUGAACAGGCUCUGGGUCGACCUCACUGGUUUUCAGUACACUGGUGUGAAGGACCCGUCUGCUGAGCAGACAAAAGCUUUCCUCCAGACCAGCCUCAUUCGACGCCUAUCAAUCUCGCUCGUUCUCCCCAAGGCCUCAUUGAUGGGAAGUGCUAUCAGACUCACCGGCUCUUGUCUCUUUGUUGACUCGGCCAUCACAGCACGAAGCUUGGAACUGGGCCUGGAAGGAAUCAGGGUGCCUACGCUCAUCGGUGUCAACAGCAAUGAGCGAAAGGCCAAACAAGUUGUUAUCACAAAUAUCAGGAUCGAUGAAUAUCAGACAGCCCAUGAUGACUAUGCCGUCAUAGAGAGCAUUAUUGUUGAUGCCAUGUCAGAAUCCUCAUUCGAAACUCUGGAGGCUCUAGCGGCCAGUCUGGCUUUCCACAUUGCUAGGGAGUUGAGGACCAAGCGGGAUGACUUUUAUGGAGAGAUCAUUCGCAUUGGUCUGGAAAAACCCACCGCUGUGCCACUUGCCGAAGCUGCUUGUGUUGAAUUGACAGUCAAGACCGAGGAUGUCAAGAUCGAGGUAUCAAAAACCAAGGAUGUGAGGUUUGACGACACUAGGAACAGGGUUGCAGGUUCAGCAGUUACCACCAAGAGCCAUGAUAGCAAGUCGUAAUAGCAACACCAUCUUGAACACAAAUCAGAAGCAAGGGGAAACCAAAAUUCGAUGAUGUAUGAAUAGGAUGUUUGGGUCACGUUCUACCCGGCAUGGUAUCUUGAACUAGCCACGGGUUUCUUUCAACAGUUUACACAUGUUGCACAUGACGCAAAAAUAGCUUUGGUCAAGUGUAUAGCCUCUUUAACAUUUAGGC